UACACGUGUAACUAAUUUGAAAAUUGUUGAUAUUCUGUAAUUCCUCCGAUGCUUCCUCGUCUGGCUUGCUGGACUGGUCGAUCCCUCUCUCACUCCUUGCUGUUGCCUCCUCCCACCUCCAGCACCAGGUUUAUUGCCAAGUGUUUGAAUAAGAACAUGGGCGUGGACAAUAAUUUGCUUGCCAAACCUAGAAGGCGUGCUAAUUUUCGGUUAUGCAAUGUGUCAUGUUACACUUCUGAAGUAUUGGAGAUUCAAUCUGAUGCUCCUACACUGCAUGUUCUGUUUGUUCCUGGAAACCCAGGUGUUAUUUUAUUCUACAAGGACUUUGUGGAAUUUCUAUAUGAGUUGCUGGAGGGAACUGCUUCUGUCACAGCUAUUGGCCAUGUUUCUCACUCAAGAAAGAACUUGGAACAUGGACGCAUGUUUUCUUUACAAGAACAAAUCGAUCACAAGAUUGACUUCAUCAGAGAGGAAUUGGAAAAUGUUGAGAUUCCUAUAUUACUGGUUGGACACUCUAUUGGUUCAUACAUAUCUAUUGAAAUGUUCAAGAAGUCGCCAGAGAAGGUGAAAUAUUGCAUUGGACUUUAUCCAUUUUUGACGUUAAACCCACACUCAACAACACAGUUAGUUAUUGGAAAAAUUGCCAAAUCCCAAGUUCUAGCUGCUGCUCUUAGUUACCUGACAGCAUCAUUAGGAUUGUUACCUGUCCAGGCUUUGAGGUUUCUUGUCAGAAAAUCCCUUGGGAAGUCAUGGUCAGCCAAUGCAGUUGAGGCAGCAUGCUCUCACUUGUCACAGUAUCAUACCAUGCGGAAUGUCCUCUAUAUGGCCAUGACUGAAUUCAGAAAGCUUUCAGAGGCACCAGAUUGGAUAUUUAUGAGAGAAAGGAAGGCUCAAUUGGCAUUUUUAUUUGGUGUUGACGAUCACUGGGGACCACUUCAUUUGCUUGAAGAGAUUUCAAAGCAUGUUCCCGGUAUGGCCACAUAUAUUGAAAGAGAAAACCACACCCAUGGUUUCUGUUGUACUGAGGCUGGCUCAUUAUGGGUGGCUCAACAUGUGGUAAACUUGAUCAAGAAUCAGAUGGUUUGUUCAAACCAAUAAGGUUGACCCUUUUGCUAUUGGCUUGUGUUAUGUGAGUUUUCUUAGUUAAUGUAAAUUGCAGAAAGGAUUGAACCACUAAUAAAUUUGAAACAAUGAUAGCUGAGAAAAAUCUUAGUUUCAUUUAUUUACCAAUGCAUCUAGUUCACUUAACAGUUUUAACAUCA